AGAAAAAAAAAAUAGUUGAACGGAAUCAAAGCUAUCUCUUGCGAAACAAAGCUAGCUCCUGUUAUCGGUGGCUGUUCUUGACAGAACAGCGCCACGAUAACGGAAUCUUGGAUACCAGCCAUCAGCGUAGCCCUCUCACGUAAUGUGAUGCCAUACCGUUACGAACGCACAUCCUGUAAUGGAUUUAGAGGAGGCAUUCCAAGUUGUUGGAGAGUUCGGGACAUAUCAGAAACGCAUAGUGACAGUGCUCACGUUGUUACAGAUUUAUAUGGCAUGUCAGUCCAUGCUAAUAGUCUUGAUCGGAGCAGUGCCAAAGUUGAGUACGGAGAAACUAGAUGAUGCAGGUGGCGAAAUAAGCAGUCAAAUAACAUUCACUGAAGAUGUCAGUUCUAUUGUUACAGAGUGGUACCUGGUCAAACAUCAAGCCUAUAAAGUCAGUUUAGCUGGAGCUCUGUUUUUUGCUGGGGUUCUGGUUGGAAAUGUAUGUUUUGGACCCCUAUCGGACAGGGUUGGAAGGAAACCAGUCUUUUUGUCAGCUUUGUUUUUCGAGGUGCUGUUUGGCUACGUCACGGCACUGGCCCCGAGCUAUGAGGUGUUUGCCCUGUCCCGUUUGUUAGUGGGGCUCAUGAAUGGAGGGAUGGCGCUGGUCUGUUUUGUCCUAACCCAGGAGUAUGUGGGCAAGUCCUACUGGGCCCUGACCGGAACCUUGACCAACAUGACCUUUGCUGUGGGAAUUGCCUUGUUUGCUGCCCUUGGCUACUUCAUAAGGCCAUGGCGCAAUCUGGCCACAGCGGCGAAUUCUCCUGGUGUUCUCUUCUUUCUCCUGUGCGUGACUCUUCCAGAGUCUCCUCGCUGGCUGUACUCCCGUGGGAAAACGGAGCAGGCCGAGGAGGUUCUGCAGGACCUGGCCCAGUGGAACGGCAAUGGCAGACCCAUAUUGAAGCUCAAGCGCACCCCCGGUUCGGACCGCCACAAUGGCUCCAGCAUAGGCCUGAUUAACCUGAUUACCCACCCAGUGCUGCGCCGGAGGACGUUAGUGCUCAUGUAUGUGUGGUAUGCAUGCAGCCUGGUUUAUUAUGGGCUGACGAUGAACGCAAGUGAUGACACAGGAAACCGCUACCUCAGCGUGGCCAUGUAUGGACUAGUGGAGCUUCCGGCAUACCCCCUUUGCAUAUAUUUUAUCAACAAAAAGUGGGCUGGGAGAAGGAAAACAAUGGCAAGCUUUCUAGUCUGUGCAGGUCUUUCUUGUUUAUUGACAAUGGUCAUGCCAACAGAGUCUGACUCUUGGUUUAAUGCGAACUCUUUAGCUCUGACGGGCAAACUGAUGGUCAGUGCAGCAUUCAACAUUGUGUAUGUGUACACAUCAGAGCUCUACCCCACUGUUAUCAGAAACGCUGGGCUCGGAGUCUGUUCCAUGUCCUGCAGGGUUGGGGGAAUCCUGGCGCCAUUUGUGCCUUCCUUGAAAGUGCUGCACGUGUCCAUGCCCUUCAUGGUGUUCUGUUUGAUUGGCAUCUCCGCCGGGUGUCUGGGGCUCCUCCUACCUGAGACGCUCAACAAACCUGCCGCUGAGACACUGGAUGAGCUCAGCAGCCCCGCCUACCAACGCAUAGUAGAGACCAAGGUGCGCUUAUUGGAGGACGAGGAAGUCAAACCAAAGCACAAACUGAACGAAUGACCAAUCUGGAGACCAAACCAAGAGGGAGAGGUGAAGUUCAGGUCGUGGGACUGCCUGACGUGCCACACUGGCCUGAGCUCUCCCCGGGUGCUCCCUGCCUCCUCCGGACCACAGACCCCCAACCAGCCAGACAGCCAGCAAUCAUCAGCAUCAGCAGCAGCAGCACGGCCUGCAGCCUCCGCGUCUGCACACAGGAGCAGCUUCCGAAGCCUCCGCUCUGAAGGCCAGCGCGGCGUCGGAUUCCAGCGGUGGCCUGUCAGGGAAAUUCCAGGCUUGAGCUCAGCGGAGUGAACUCUUUGGCUAGACUAUCACAGACGCUGAGGGUGAGUGGCAGCCUCUUCACAACAAGAAGCGGGAUGUGUGAAAGGGAUUUUGUUUUCAUGGUGUCAUGUGAUAAACCUGACGGGGUUUGUUUUCAUUUGGUGUCAUUCCAAAUGAGACAUGCCAUCUCAGGGCAUGAACUUCUCAACCAGUCUGUUCACAAAAUUACUCACAGCCUUCAGCCAUUCACUAAAUGAAAGACAGGACCAAAUUAUUCCUGGGGAAUUCCAAACUGUUGUCUUUUUCUGUUUCAGUCACAUAAAUCGUGUGAUUCUGCCUGAUACUAUUAUCUUGUUUCAUACUAAUGAGUUUACUUUGUUUUAUUAGCUCUGCGUGAGCUGCUUUUAAUUGUUGUGCCUUUUCUACAAGGUCAGGAGGCCAUAACAGUCAGUACUUCCUCCUACAGUGGGUCUCUAGCAACAUAUGUGUUAAAGGGGUCAGAUUAUACAAAAUGGCUCUUCAGCUGUCUCUGGUCUCAUCUUAGUAAUUUCGAUAGGUGUUGGCUUCAGUCAGUGACUAGUCAGUCUUGUCUAUCAGUAGAAUGAAGGUUCAGUGACUUGAUCUUGUUUUUUCCAGCCAGUGGAAAAGGUUUUUUGGUCCAUUUGGAUCUCUUCAUAGGGGUAUUUUUAUAGCAAUCAUAUUGGGAGAUUACAGUAUUAAAUAUUGUGCAUGUUUGUGAAUCCUCGAUUUUCAGAGGAGUCGUUAUUGCAAAAUGGUUAAUAUGGUUAAUACCUCUGACACAUAUAUAAUUAAUAUUAAAAGACUUGAACUCA